UAGCGUCAUCUAGUAGCGAAAGUAUAGAAGUAAUCGUUUGUGUAUGUAUAUACAGCAUACGGUGUUACGUUACGAUACGAUAUGUUGUUGAGGUUGAUUUUGACGUUUAAUGUAUGCUAGUGGCAAAAUGUCGAGGAAAAAACACAACGUAUCGUAUAUCAAACCGAACGAACCAAAAUUUUUACGUGAAAUAAAGGAACGAAUCGGAUACAAGGAAGGACCUACGAUUGACACGAAGAGAGAAGUAUUACCACAAGACUCGGAUAACGAUGAAGAAGAACGUAACGAAGAGAAGCCUGUUGUAGUUGUGUUAAAUCCAGAACAUUUGACAGAAAAAGAAGCAGAAGCAUUUAAGAAAAAGAAGUCAGAAGAGGAUGCCAGUGCACCAGCAGAUUUGUCCAAAAGAAUAAUAUUCAGUAAGAAAAACAAAGCAGCAGAUGCAGAGAUAAAUGCUGCUGAUAAACCAGUAAAAAAGAAGAUGAAAAGAAAACAAGAAAGAACCGUGUUAUCCUUCAAUGAGGAAGAUGAUGAUAAUCUUUAACGUUUACUUGUAAAUACAUAAAAUGUAAAUAUCGUUGUAUACACGAUUUUGUGUAAUAAACUUUUAUACUCAUUUAAUGUCGAAUAAACAAAGACUGAAGAUACUGGUAGUAUACUUACAAA